GCCUAGAGGCUGCCAUUUCCAACAAGCCGGCGGGGGCAGAAGAUGGCGACGCCCCUUGGGUGGUCGCAGGGGGGGUCGGGGUCGGUGUGUCUCGCCUUCGAUCAACUGCGGGACGUGAUCGAAUCUCAGGAGGAACUGAUCCAUCAGCUGAGGAACGUGAUGGUUCUCCAGGAUGAAAAUUUUGUCAGUAAAGAAGAGUUCCAGGCAGUGGAAAAGAAGCUGGUGGAAGAGAAAGCUGCUCAUGCCAAGACUAAGGCCCUCCUGGCCAAGGAAGAGGAGAAGUUGCAGUUUGCCCUCGGAGAGGUUGAGGUGCUGUCUAAACAGCUGGAGAAAGAGAAGCUGGCUUUUGAAAAGGCGCUCUCCAGUGUCAAGAGCAGAGCCCUGCAGGAAACCAGUAAGAAGGACCAGCUUAUCACCAAGUGCAAUGAAAUUGAGUCUCACAUUAUAAAGCAAGAAGAUAUACUUAAUGGCAAAGAGAAUGAGAUUAAGGAGUUGCAGCAAGUUAUCAGCCAGCAGAAACAGAUCUUCAGGAAUCACGUGUCUGACUACCGGAUCCAGAAGCAGCAGGAGAACUACAUGGCCCAAGUGCUGGACCAGAAGCAUAAGAAAGCCUCAGGGAUGCGUCAGGCCCGGAGCCACCAGCGUCCCAGGGAAAAAUAAAAUGGUCGUCGCCUUCCUAUUCUCUGGCUGUAAUGCCCGACCUCUGCCUUCCCUGCUGUGGGGAUCCCCACCCCUGCCCUUCCUGUCCCUGUGGGUCCUGGCCCCUGCCAAAACAGACUUCACCUGGCCUGAUUCCCAGGGAAGAGGCAGAAGGCACUCUUUUUUUUUUUUUUCCCCCUCCCUGCCUGCCUUCUGGAGGGCCUUGGUAACAGAAGGGAGAAUCAAGUUACCAGGGACUGAGUGGGGAGCAGGCCUUGGGCCACCGCCUUCCAGGCCACUCAGAAAAGGAUGCUGCUCAAGUCCCCAGUCCCUGCCACUUCCCUCCCUCCCCUGGGUCCUAGGGGGAGGAGAGGUGUGGAGGUCUAGCCUACAGGAGGACAACUCUGUUGUCUAAUAGGCACUGUUCUUCCUACUCUUGGUAUUUAAUCUCUCCCUAUGUAAACAGCUCUGGUUACCCCUGGUUACCUGUAAACACCCCACCCUACUCCCAGUGCCCUGGUAAAUUUAACUCUCCCAACUUGGCUAUAGAGCAGGAAAGGCUGUGUGUGUGUUUGAGUAUGUGAUAAGCCCUGACUGGAGACAACAGGCAGUGGGUUCCAAGACCACAGUGAAUUUGGGAAAUCCAUUACCAUCAUAUAACAAGAAUGUUACACCUGUGAAUCAUACUUGUAUCCUCUUACACUUCCCCCAAACAGAGGCUUGAAUCUUCACAAGGGGAAGGAAGGGAAAAGGACAAUGUUAUGUCUUUUUUUAAGGUGGGGAACAGUCUCUGAAGGGCCUAUGACUUGUUAAAGUUGCAUGUGCAGCACCAGAUGAUAGGCAGGCUUGAUCCUUUCACAAGCCAUCACUGAUGGCUAGAUGAUCAUGGGGACACACCCAGUCAGGGGACCCACUCAGAGGCUGAGUCAGAUUUGUCAAUCUAGCCUAACCUGAGUCAGUGUGAGUGCAUGGGGUGGGGGGUUGCUGUGUUUUUGCCCCAAGGCCAGCUAGGGCCCGAAACAUAGCAGGAACUUAAAGCCGGAAGUUUAAGGGCAAAUGGUGCUCACUGUCAUUAUCCCAGGGCAGUGACAAGUGGUGACUGCUUCCCCACCAGCACCUGUCCCUGGGGUGAAUCCUGAGGUGGUGGGGGCUGGAGUGAGGGCCUUGCAAGUGCCAGAGCUCUUUCUGCCUCAGAAGGGCUUCAGAGAGGGGUCAUGGCUACCCCAAAGGUUCCUAAGAGACCCCACAUCAGUGUCUUGUUUUAGGUGCCAAGGCCAUCUGUGAAAGCUAGAGCUAGCCACCCCAGGCCCUUCCAGUAUGGUCCCACUAAAGGCAAUGGGUCCAGCCAGGUACAGCUUCCCGAGGCCCUAGUACAACCUGGGGACUUGGGGGAUCCCUGCAAGCAAAGCUCCAUCAAAGAUCAUGGGGUGAUGGGUCAAGGAAGGUGGUGGGUGAACCCUUACAUACUCUAGCUGGGACAAGUGAUGAGAGGGCCAGAGAGAAGGGGUGUGCUCCGGUGGUAGGAAGACACUGGGGGGCUAACUGGAAGAUGAAAUUGCUCAGAAGACCCCGAAAGUCUGGUCCUGGUCCCCUGGCUCCCAUUCUGACCCACGUGCCAUGGUGCUUGACGUCAGGCUGGGCCCUGCUCUGCCUGUUUCUUAGCCUGUGAGCAGAGUUAGGCCUAGCUCCUGGCUUCAAACCUGCCCUUCCCUCACCUUCC